AUGUCGCAUCUGCACGGUUUCUGCAUCUUUCUUAUAAUCAUACUCGCGUACAGUAUCUGUCUGGGUGUCUAUCGAUUAUUCUUCUCCCCGCUUUCGAAAAUCCCAGGGCCACGCAUAGCUGCUUUGACAUAUUGGUACGAGUCAUACUUUGAGCUAUGGAAAGGCGGGCAAUACUUCCGUGUUGUCGAAGAGAUGCAUAGAACAUACGGGCCCAUCGUCCGUGUCACUCCACAAGAAAUCCAUUUCCAGGACCCCGACUUUCUCAAUACCCUAUAUCCUAGCAGAGGGAAAAACGUUGAUAAGCCCGAAUUUGUAGCAGUAAGAUCGGGAACGCCCGGCUCCCUUGUGUCAACCGUAGACCACAAUGUCCACCGGCGGCGGCGGAAUGCUCUGAGCUCCUUCUUCUCCAACGCCAGUAUCCAGCGACUUGAGCCCAUUAUGAAGGACAACAUUCGGCAGAUGCUCAAGAGGAUGGAGAAGCACGGCGAGCGCAAAGAAGUAGUUGAAAUACACUACAUGUUCAAAGCGAUGACUAGCGAUAUUGUCACCAGACAUGCAUUUGCCGACUCAUUCAAGUUCAUGUACGAGGAGAGUUACGGCAAGAGUUACUACGACGCCAGCGACUACCUCGUCAGCUUGACUCAUUACUUUGGCAACUUCCCCUUGCUUCGUAUUUUAGCAAGCUCGAUCCCAGGUUGGGUUAUGAAAACACUUAUGCCAUCUGGGAGAGACUUUUUAGAUAAGCAAUCGUGGUGGCUCAACAAGGUUCGUGAGAUCAGGCGCUCCAACGACCAAGAGCUCAUGAAAAGCACAAUAUUCGGGGGCAUUCUGAGCAGUUCAUUACCAGACGAGGACAAGACAGAUGUUCGGUUGGCAGACGAGGCACAGUUGGUUGUUUCUGCAGGAGAGGGUACUACUGCAUACGCGCUUCAGUGCGCCGUCUUCCAUUUGCUGUCCAACCCAGUGGAAUUGGGUCGCUUGAAAGACGAGCUCCACACAGCAGUGCAGGACCCAAGCGCUAUCCCGAGUGGUUCGCAAGUCAUUAAUCUUCCUUACCUCAAUGCCGUGAUCAAUGAAGUGCUGCGUCUCCAUCCCGGCGUUAUUCAUCGGCAGGUCCGCGUAUUCCCUGAUGAUCCAAUCGUUUACACGGACAAGAGCACUGGGCAAGAAUACGUCUUGCCACCGGGCACAGCCUGGGGCGUCUCACCACUUGGAAUCAACAUGAAUGCCGACAUUUUCGAGGACCCAUAUGAAUUUCAACCCCAAAGAUGGAUUGAUGACCCCACAAUCAGCAGGGCGUUGAUGACUUUUUCUAAGGGCUCGAGGGCAUGCGUUGGGCUGAACCUUGCACGGCGCGAACUCGUCACGAUUGUCGCGAGCAUUUUCCUCAAGUACGACGUGUACCGCGGGCAGAAAGGGCCUACACUCGAACUAUAUGACACUGUGCGCGGUCGGGACAUUGACGCUGUGAGGGACUACAUUCUCCCCCUUCCUGCUAAACGGAGCCUGGGUUUGCGAGUGAGGAUCAGAAACUAA